AUGGCAAGCGACACUCGUCGUCUAAGAGUUGGCAUCAUCGGUGGCGGCCUCGCCGGUGCAGGCGUUGCGAAUGCUCUCAUUCAAUCGCCUCAUCUCGAUGUGCACGUUUUCGAGUCAGCACCAGAGUUCUCCGAGAGGGGAGCGGCCAUAGGCCUAUCUGCCAACGCUCAACUGGCGUUGAGAGAGAUCACCCCAUCGGCCGAGGACUCGAUGAGAAAAGCAGGCGGCGUGCCGAUGAACUCAUCGAGGAUCAUGGUCGGCUCGGGUGAGCAAGCGGGAACGCUGGUCUUUGACCUCGCAGGAGCAGGCAUGGAUCCAGGCAUCAUCUUCCACCGUGCUUCUCUGUUGCGCGAGCUUCUGGCGCCCUUGCCUCAACAUGUCUUACACCCGCACAAGAGGCUUGAUGUAAUCACCCCUCAAGACGACGGCAGUGUAGCAGUGUCAUUCGCCGACGGCACAGUGCUCACCUUCGACGCUGUCAUUGGCGCAGACGGCAUUUCCAGCUCAGUGCGGUCACAUGUGCUUGGGGAAGAGGCGUUCAAGCACGCAGCAACGCCCGGGGGUUUUUGGGAUGCGAGGGCGCUGGUCUCCUUAGACAAAGCGAAAGCAACCCUGGGUGAGGAUCUCUUUGAGCUGGAUCGACAAUAUGGGUGGGCGGGCGACGGCGCCUUCAUCAUGCACGAUGUCCUGGAAGACCGCUCGCUCGUGCAAGUCGUCGUGUCAGCCGUUGAGCACGACCAUCCCACAGACCGAAAACGGCCUUUGACAAAGGAUGUUCUCGACGCCAAGUUCAAGAACUGGCCCGACAUCCCCGUGGCCCAGGGGGUGAAACAGCUACUUCUUGACGAUGCAGAGCCCGUAGCUUGGUCGCAGUGGGAGCACAAAUCGACGCCCACCUACGCCAAUCACCAUGUCUGCAUUGUUGGCGACGCAGCUCAUGCCACGACCCCAUGGCAGGGUGCUGGCGCCGGCCAGGCUCUCGAGGACGCCAUGAUACUAGGCGCCUUGUUCAGCAAAGUGCGUAGUGCAUCAGACGUGGCGGCCGCAUUCAAGGCCUUUGAUGCGGUGAGAAGGCCGCGUGCCCAACAAGUGAUAGACUCGAGCAGAGGAACCGGGGCCAUCAUGUGCGGGCAGGACAGAGAGUUGGGACUUGAUGCAACCAAGCUGGCAGGCGGUUUGGCGCCACGAUGGGGGUUCAUCUUCGCCUUGACCAUGACGGACCACAAGGAACAAGCCCUUGCGCAGUUGCAUGAGUUUCAGAAGCGCAACGUGGCAUUGUAG